AGACUAUAUAUAUGAAUGAACAGAUGCCUGAGCUAGCUAUGGAUAGAGGAGGAGGAGGUAUCGACACUUCCAUUGAGCAGCUCUACCGCAAUGUCUGCGAGAUGCAGAGCUCAUCCGAACAAUCCCCGUCAAGUAAAAGCUUUCUAUCAUAUGGACAAGAAUCAAGAAUAGACUCUGAAUUACGCUAUCUAUCUGGGGUAGGCGGCUUUACAGAGGUUGUUGAUCAGACUCCUAAGAAAGAAAACGGACUUAAAACAGUAACUUUUCCGAAAAAUAAAUGUCUCCCAAGGGUUGCAUCAUUGCCUUCUCCACAAUCAAAGAGGCUCCCAACCCUUCCAUCUGCAGAUUCAUCAUCACCAAGAGGUAGUCCCAAGACCAAGCCUCUUCGUAACGUUAAGAAUACCCAAAAGCCAAUUUCAAAGAUCGAAAACGGGCCAUAUUUGCUGAAACAAGUGAGGGAAUUGAUUUCUUCGGGCGGGAAUAUUCAAACUGCACUCGAAUUGUCUCUUAAAGCAUUGAGAGCAUUUGAGAAUGAUGAAUCCUUAGAUGGGAAACCCAAUCUGGACAUGGUCAUGUGUAUGCAUAUUAUAGCAGCGAUUUACUCUAACAUGGGACAAUAUAACGACGUGAUUCCUGUUCUUGAACGGGCGAUUGAGAUACCAUCUCUCGAGGAAGGCCAAAAUCAUGCACUUGCGAAAUUCGCUGGAUGCAUGCAGUUGGGAGAUACUUAUUCCAUGCUUGGUCAGAUUGAAAACUCAAUUCUUUGUUAUACUGCUGGGUUAGAGAUUCAAAGACAAAUCCUUGGGGAGAAGGAUUCUAGACUUGGUGAAACCUGCAGGUACGUAGCUGAAGCUCAUCUUCAAGCACUUCAAUUCGACGAGGCUGAAAAGCUUUGUCAAUUGGCUCUUGAAAUUCACAAAAUAAACGAGUCUCCAGCUUCCCUAGAAGAGGCAGCCGAUAGGAGACUAAUGGGGCUUAUAUCCUAUUCAAAAGGAGAUUACGAAUCUGCCCUUAACCAUUAUGUCUUAGCCAGCAUGGCAAUGUCAGCUAAUGGCCAAGAAGCCGAAACAGCAGCCAUUGACUGCAGCAUCGGAGACUCGUAUCUAUCCUUGUCUAGAUUCGAUGAAGCUGUUUUCUCUUACCAGAAAGCCUUGACAGUUUUCAAAUCAACCAAAGGAGAAAACCAUCCGUCUGUUGCUUCUGUUUUUAUCCGUUUGGCAGAUUUAUACCACAGGUGUGGGAGAAUAAGUGAGGCAAAAUCUUACUGUGAAAAUGCACUUAGAAUUUAUUCAAAACCGGUUAAAGGGAGUCUUUCGCAAGAGAUAACAUGUGGGCUUAUCGACGUUUCUGCAAUAUAUGAAUCAAUGAGUGAACCCGAGCAAGCUUUGAAACUACUUCAAAAGGCUUUGAACAUACACACGAAUGGGUUAGGCCAGCAUAGUGCAAUUGUGGGAAUAGAGGCUCAAAUGGGUGUACUAUACUAUAUGAUUGGGAACUACUCUGAUUCUUACAAAUCAUUUAAAGAUUCCAUAACUAAAUUUAGGGAGAUUGGAGAAAAGAAAUCUGCUCUGUUUGGUAUUGCUCUUAACCAAAUGGGACUAGCUUGUGUUCAACUUUAUGCCAUUAAAGAAGCUGCAGAUGCGUUUGAAGAGGCCUUGCAUAUCUUGGAAAAUGAAUAUGGGCCAUAUCAUCCAGACACACUGGCAGUUUAUAGCAAUCUUGCUGGCACAUACGAUGCUUUGGGAAGGUCAAGUGAGGCGAUUGAAAUUCUGGAAUAUCUUGUUGAGAUGAGAGAAGAUAAGCUCGGGACAGCGAAUCCUGAUGUUGACGACGAAAAGAGAAGACUUGCAGAGUUGCUUAAAGAGGCUGGGCAGGUAAGAAGGAGGAAAUCAAAGUCUUUAGAAACGUUGCUUGAUUCGAAUUGGCAAAAUAUCGCCACAUUAAAGGGUGGUGCCAAAUUGAGUAGUAUUAUUUACUUGGAAGGGUGAAAAGAUUAGGUGAUGAGUCAAAUUUGUUGGUGUUGAAAGUUAAUAAAGAGUGAUUAAAAGAUUGAAAUCUAGGCUAAGUUUUGAUGAAAGCUGUUGUGAAGUUGAUUUGUUUGGUGUCAUUUUCCUUCUUUGUAAAUGUUGGGAUUGUUGGUGUAUAGUAUAAGAAAAUGGUGAAGUUUCAUUGUC